GCCCGCCGCCUUUCCGGAGCCGUCAGGGCGGGUCGGCGGCGCGGCUGCCUCUCCGCCCCGGGGGCUCGGCUCCGGGGGGCGCGCGCAGGCCGGGAGCCAUGGACCCAGGCGCGGGGGCCGCGGCGGGAGAGGGGCCGCCCGCGCCCCGCCGCCGCCGCCGCCGCUCCCUGCGGCGCCUGCUCGGCAGCUUCCUGCUGGCGCUGGCGAGCCGCUCCCGCCCGGGGGCCUCGCCGCCCCGGCCGGGACCCCGCGAAGGCGACGGCGAGGGGGGCUUCGCACCGCCCGGCCCCGCCCCGGCGGCGCGCGGGAGCCCCGGGGGGGAGCGCGCGGCCGGCCCCCAGCCCCAGGCCCCCGCCGGCGACGGCGCGCGGCCCCCGGGCGCGCAGGGCUUGAAGAACCACGGCAACACCUGUUUCAUGAACGCCGUGGUGCAGUGUCUCAGCAACACCGACCUGCUGGCCGAGUUCCUGGCGCUGGGGCGCUACCGGGCGGCGCCGGGCCGCGCCGAGGUCACCGAGCAGCUGGCGGCGCUGGUGCGCGCGCUCUGGACGCGCGAGUACACGCCCCAACUUUCCGCCGAGUUCAAGAAUGCGGUUUCCAAGUACGGCGCUCAGUUCCAAGGCAACGCCCAGCACGACGCCUUGGAGUUUCUGCUCUGGCUCCUGGACCGUGUGCACGAGGACUUGGAAGGCUCCUCCCGGGGCCCCGCGGCCGAGAAGCCUCAGCCGGAAGUCAGCAAAACCCCUGAGCACCUCCUGUCCCCAUCGGCUCAGCUUCCCCAUGGCCAAAGCUUUGUGCAAAGCCACUUCCAAGCACAGUAUAGAUCAUCCUUGACCUGUCCCCACUGCCUGAAACAGAGCAACACCUUCGAUCCUUUCCUGUGCGUGUCACUACCCAUCCCCUUGCGCCAAACGAGAUUCUUGAGCGUCACCUUGGCCUUUUCCUCGAAGAGCCAGCGGUUCCUGCGGGUUGGCCUGGCCGUGCCAAUCCUCAGCACAGUGGCAACCCUGAGGAAGAUGGUCGCAGAGGAAGGCGGUGUCCCUGCGGAUGAGGUAAUCUUGGUUGAACUAUGUCCCAAUGGAUUCCAGCGGUCUUUCUUUGAUGAAGAAGACCUGAAUACCAUUGCAGAGGGAGAUAAUGUGUAUGCCUUCCAUGCUCCUCCACCACCUAGCCAGGAGAUGCUCUCAGCUCUUCCACCUGGUCUCUCCGUCUCCCCACGCUUGGCAGCCUGUGAGGGUAAGCGGUCACCCCCGCCUGCCCGUACCGAGACCAAGGUGCCAAUCCUCUGCUGUAACUUGGUGGGGUCUGGGCAGCAGGCCAGCAGGUUCGGUCCACCUUUCCUGAUACGGGAAGACAGAGCCAUUUCCUGGGUCCAGCUCCAGCAAUGCAUUCUCAGUAAGGCCCGCUAUCUCAUGAAAAGCGAGGCCCCCCUCCAGAACCCGGGGACUCUGUUCUCCAUCCGGGUUGUGGGGCUUUCUCUGGCCUGCAGCUACUUGGCCCCGCAGGACAGCCAUCCCCUCAAUCACUGGGCAGUUGACAGGGCUUUGCACCCCAGGAGGCCUGGAGGCCCCCCGCACAUCAAACUGGCCGUGGAGUGGGAUAGCGACGCCAAGGGACGCCUGUUCGGGAGCCCCCAGGAGGAGCGGGUCCAGGACGCGGACAGCGUGCGGCGACAGCGGGAGGCGCACCAGCAGCCCAGCUGCACCUUGGAUGAGUGUUUCCGGUUCUACACCAAGGAGGAGCAGCUGGCGCAGGACGACGCGUGGAAGUGUCCGCACUGCGACGCCCUCCAGCGGGGCACCGUGAAGCUGAGUCUGUGGACCCUGCCUGACAUCCUCAUCAUCCACCUGAAACGGUUCUGGCAGGUGGGCGACCGGAGAAACAAGCUGUCCACGCUCGUCAAGUUCCCGCUCUGUGGCCUCGACAUGGGCCCACAUGUGGCCCCCAGGCCCCUGACGGGCCCCUGGCCUUCCUGGGAGCGGCCUGCCUGCCCGCCGGACUCCCUGUACGACUUGUACGCCGUCUGCAACCACCACGGCAGUCUGCAAGGUGGGCAUUACACAGCCUACUGUCGGAACUCUCUGGAUGGCCGCUGGUACAGCUAUGACGACAGCACGGUGGACCCGCUCCGGGAAGAGGAGGUCAACACGCAAGGGGCUUACAUUCUGUUUUACCAGAAACGGAACAGCAUCCCUCCCUGGUCAGCUAGCAGCUCUGUGAGAGGCUCCACCAGCUCGUCCUUCUCCGAUCACUGGCUCGUUCGGCUGGGGAGCACUAACAGCAGCGCGAGGGGGAGCCUGCUGUCCGCGAGCUCCAGCCCCGGCCCCUCCCGCCCCCCCCGGCCCCGGGCGCCUGACCCUCCCGUCUUCGCCGGCGGCCUCUCCGAUCAGGAAAAGGGAGAGCCGGAGCCCAGGCGUCUGGUACGGGGCGUACGAGGCCGGAGCAUCAGCAUGAAGGAGCCUGCGCCUUCCAGGGCCAAGCAGGGGGCCUUUAAGACCAUGCCCCUCCGGUGGUCUUUCAGACCCAGGGAGAAACCACCCGGUGCAACUGUCGAGUUGGUGGAGUACUUGGAGUCCCGGCGGAGACCCCGAUCCACGAGCCAGUCCAUUGUGCCGCUGUUGACGGGCGCUGCCUACGAGAACGUGGACUCCGCCCAGGGUGACGGCAGCGGGCGGGCCAGCGAGAGGGUGCCUGCCCGGGCGCCCUGCCUCCCAGGCCACCCCGGCCCUCGUGCAGCCCCCGGAACCGCAGAUGGUCUAAGUACAGCCAGGAAAGCCAAGGGGAAUGGAAGCCAGGACAUCAGGCUCCCCAGGUGGCUUGACCUGCCCCUCACGGUGAUGCCCUCGGUGCGGAACGAGCAACGAGCCCGGCCGGAGGGCCAGAAGACCGCGAGCUGCAAGGGAAGUGGCCCGGCAGGAAGCCUUAGCAGAGCACCCUCCCCCACAGAGGCUCUGAGCACCACGGAAUUAUCUAGAAAUAGUGCAGACAGCCGCCAGAAUGCCCGCGCCAGGGCGAGGGCUAAUGUGGAUGGCAGGGAUGCUGAGCCGGACAGGAUCCCACAGGGGACCCUCACCCUUCUGAGGUCCAUGUUUUCCAAGAAGGAGAACAAAUAUGAUCGGCCACAGGUGGCCCCCCAGGCGCCCCCAGUCUCCCUGGUGAGCGGCAGGCUGAGCCUGGCUGUGGAUGAGCAGGCUCGAGGCUCCUCUCCUCCCCCCUGGGCCCGGGAGAGCCUGGCCAGAGCCCCCGGCAGCCGCCCGGAGAGGGACGUGUGGUCAGCGCCCAGCUCCCUCCGCCUCCCUCGCAGAGCCGUGAGGCCGAGGGCCAGCGCCCUGGGCCCGUCCCAGAGGACCCUCCCAGGGGAGCACACUCCCUUCGGCACCUUGCAGAAGGUGAAAUACCACACUCUUUCCUUGAGUCGGAAGAAAACGUUACCCGAGUCCAGCUUCUGACGGUGGGUUCCAGUCGUGAGAAGCUUGUGUGUGUGGAGAGUGGGCUCCCGGAAGCCAGUUGUCUCGGGACCCCGGGAAAUAAGUUUAACUUAGUUUUGUUUUUGUUUUGGUGUCUGCAUCUAGAUUUUCCAACACAGCAUGUCCAAAUACUUUCCUGAACUGCUGGGUGCUUUUACCUGUGCAGGCCACCAGGGGGUGCUGUGGGGUCAGCAUUGCUAUUUCAGGGCAAGAAGUGCUUCAUUUCAACAAUUCUAGGGCCCGAAUCCCUGCACUCAAGAGUGACUUGGGUGUGGGCCAACUUUGCAGCCGCGGACAUAAGAGUCUUCAACACCAAGUCAGUUCUCGUCAUUGGCUUCUCUCUUUCAAACCUCUAAACGCUUCCCUGGGAUACAAGCGUCCAAGAUGCCAAAAUCACGAGAUAGCGGGAUUCUAGGAGAGAGAUGGAAGAGAAGUGAUUGAGACUUUAAGAAGAUAUUUAAUAUAUAAAAAAAAUAAUUGUAUUACUGGUUUUCAAGGUAUUUAAAAGAACUAUUUUGAUACUAGGAAUAAAGGAGGUUUUUUUAAAAAAAUAUAAAUAAAAACAUUUCAGUAUGAGACCUAUGUACAUGUUAAUAAAAGCCCAUCAGUGAAACACA